AGCGCAGCGCCCUUUCCAUGUUGAUCUCCACUCGCGCGAUCCACAAAAAAAAAAAAAGGCUAACCUCGCAGACUUUCUCCUGAAACUUUACCGCGCCCGCCCUCUAAUCCGUUGACACAUCGCCGGGUCGCAAAGCAGAGCUGAUGGUGGACGCCUUUGCCGAACCCUCUUGCUUGUUGCCUUCGCCUCACCCAUGUCCCAUCCCAUGCUCACUCCUACUACGGGCACAACCACCUCCAGCACCAAACAGUCCGGUUCACUAGUCAACAGCUGCGCUCCGUAGCCAGUAGUCGCGCCACUGUUCCAUCGUCGAUCUUGCUCGCUCUCUGGAUGCAAGAAUGGCGGCGAGCAGCAGCACGCCAACGAUGCCGGCGCCGGUGACGGCGACGCCCCUGCCGGGCUACGGCGGCUACCAGGGCUCCGCCGCGGGCGCCGAGCCGCCGCUCCGCAGCUCAUCGGGCUCCAUCGGCACGUUCUUCGGGGUGCUGGCGGCCGUCCUGGUGCUCACCGUGCUGUCCUGCGUCUUCGGGCGGGUGUGCGCGGCGCAGGCCGAGGGCCCUGACGAGCGGUACGACUGCACGAGGCUGGCCCGCCGGUGGUGCGGGUGGCCGGCGCCUUGCCGGGCCGCCGCGAAGCGGGAGGGGAAGCCAUCGGCGACGCCGCCCGUGGUGGAGGUGCCCGCCGCGUUGCCACCGCCGGAGGAGCCGUGAGGAAGCCGCUGCCGCCGGCGAGGUUCAUGGCCCCCUUUCUCUGUCCUCUUCCGAGUAACGAUUAUUAGUAGGAAAAAAAAGUCUGAUAGGAGAAAGAAUCAAUAAGAAGGUGCUAUCUGUUGUUUGAUCAUCUGUUCUUAUAAUCUUUUGAGAAAGAAUCAAUAAAUGCUUUGACCUCCCAAAUUUUGUGUACUCUGAUCAAAUACAGUGAUAUGCUUAUCUC